AUGGACCCGGGCGAUGCUCCGGGCGGCGCUGAUCGGCCUGCGAAUCCAAGGAGCCCUAUCUCGACACUGCUGCAAGCGCAAGACCCGUAUAUCGAAAACAUGUCCACCACAUACGCUAGAUCGUAUGGCGGACUAUCGCCCAUUCCUCUCCCCCUUCUCCGAACCAGAAACGAAAGCCCCGCCCCACAAGCCGCAACCCUCUGCUGGAGCGUUGCGCAUCUGACAGAUCGCCCCCACCACAACCCCAGCGGCGUUUCGCAGACACUGUGCAAGCGAUAUCACACACCACCAUCACAUCUCCCCUCCGCCAUCAGUCAUCUGCACCGCAAAUCUAAACUCAAAUCGCCCUGCCGGUCUCGAACCCAUCCAUUAAUUCCGCCCAUCACCCUAUCACCCGAAGCGCUUGCACCCGCGCUCCUAGUGGCCACCCGCACACAAGGACGGCAAACCCACAAAGCCGCUGCGCCAACCACGCGCUGCCCCGCCCACCCUUGCCUGACACCGGUGACCUUUGAGCUGCAACGCCGAUCAUCUAGAGGUGCAGGGGGUGGUUUCUUCAGCAGGUUGAUCGGCUUGCCUGGAGGGGUGGGGUGGGGUACGAGCACACCUGCCUCCCGAGAGCUGGGAUGA